AUGGCUGAACAAAAUAAUGAGCUUUUGAUGAAAAAUCAUGAAUCUCGUCUAACUGGUUCUACCCCAUUCCUUGAAGUGAAUGCAGUGACAAAUGAAUCAGCUUGGGGUUAUGGCCGUGGUCGUGGCCAUAGCCAUGGACGAGGUCGUGGUCGUGGUCAUGGUAGUACAUCUUUCGACAAGAAGUGGACAAACAAUGAAGAGAAACACAAGAAAGGAAUAAGUAGGGAUAAUAAUAAUAAUACUAAAAAUUUAUGCUACCGUUGUGGUGGUAAAGGUCACUGGCCACGUACCUGUCGUACUCCAAAACAUUUGAUUGAUCUUUACCAAGAAUCACUUGAAAGUAAAAGUAAAAACAAAGAGGCAAAGAUAGAAACACAUUUUGCCUCUGAAGAAGGUGAUUCUGAUUAUGGUGACAUGGAUGUUACUCAUUUGGAUGUUGCUGAUUUCUUUGCCGAUCUUAAUGGAAGAAUUGAUCACCUAAUUGGGGAUGGAAAUGUUCAGAAAUAA